AGACAACACGGCGGGUUGAUUUAGUAGACGUACCACGGACAACUAGCUAGGUAGAGGCCACUGGAAACGAAACUGAUUUCCAUUUGCACAAUUAAGUCAAACGUACUCUCUCGGUUUUGUCUGUCAGGCAAAAGUAUUUAGUGUAACGGCGAAUAUGGGGGUUCCGAAGUUUUAUCGCUGGAUAUCAGAGCGUUACCCUUGUCUCAGUGAAGUUGUCAAGGAACAUCAGAUUCCAGAGUUUGACAAUCUCUAUCUGGACAUGAAUGGGAUCAUCCAUCAGUGUUCUCACCCAAAUGAUGAGGACGUUCAUUUCCGCAUCUCUGAGGAGAAGAUUUUUGCAGACAUUUUCCAUUACCUGGAGGUGCUUUUCAGGAUCAUCAAGCCACGCAAGGUCUUUUUCAUGGCAGUAGAUGGUGUGGCACCAAGGGCAAAGUUGAACCAGCAGAGAGGACGGAGAUUCCGGUCUGCCAAAGAAGCAGAGGAUAAAAUAAAAAAAGCUCUGGAUAAAGGAGAGGUGUUGCCUACAGAAGCUCGCUUCGACUCAAACUGCAUCACGCCAGGCACUGAGUUCAUGGUGAGACUCCAAGAGCAGCUGAAGUAUUUUGUCCACAACAAGCUCUCCACUGACAAAUCUUGGCAGAAUGUCAAAGUCUAUUUAUCAGGUCAUGAGACCCCUGGUGAGGGAGAGCAUAAGAUCAUGGAAUUCAUACGUUCAGAGACUGCGAGGCUAGAUCAUGACCCCAACACGCGCCACUGCUUAUAUGGCCUGGAUGCUGACCUGAUCAUGUUGGGUUUGACCAGCCAUGAGCCAAAUUUCUCCCUGCUCAGAGAAGAGGUCCGCUUUGGAGGAAAGAAAUCCCAGAAAAGGAUAACUGCUCCAGAGGAGACAACAUUCCAUUUGCUUCACUUGUCUCUUAUGAGGGAAUACAUUAACUAUGAGUUCUCAGUGGUUAAGAAGGAGAUGGGCUCUGAUUAUGACUUGGAGAAGAUAAUAGAUGACUGGAUUCUUAUGAGCUUCCUAGUGGGGAACGACUUCAUCCCUCACCUUCCUCAUCUUCACAUUAAUCAUGAUGCUCUGCCGUUGUUGUAUAAGACUUACAUCCAUGUGCUUCCCAGCCUUGAUGGUUAUCUGAACGAGAAUGGCCACCUUAACCUUGGAAACUUUGAGAAAUACUUGGAGAAACUCUCUGAGUUUGACCAUGAACAUUUCAAUGAAGUAUUUGUGGACUUGAAGUGGUUUGAGAGUAAAGUUGGGAACAAGUACCUGAAUGAGGCGGCCGGCCGAGCAGCAGAGACUGAAGCUGCCAGUAAACGCACCGACAAGGAAGAGGAUUCCUCUCUCCCUCUGGCAGCGUUGACCUCACCUGAUAAAGUGUUAGAUAGUGGAAAAGGACCUGCUGUCGAGGAUGAUGAUGAAGAUGAUUUAUUUGAAACGGAGUUCAGACAGUACAAACGCACAUACUAUAUGACCAAGAUGGGGGUGGACGUAGUGUCUGAUGAUUUUCUAUCAAAGCAGGCCAAAUGUUAUGUUGAAGGCAUCCAGUGGAUUCUCCACUACUAUUACCAUGGGGUUAAAUCCUGGAGCUGGUUUUACCCCUACCACUAUGCACCGUUCCUGUCAGACAUCAGAAAUAUUUCAGAAUUGAAGUUGACUUUUGAUCUUGGGAAACCCUUCAUGCCAUUCCAGCAACUCUUGGCAGUCCUACCCGCUGCCAGCAUGGAGCUGUUGCCUGAAUGUUACAGGCACCUGAUGACCAGUGAAAUGUCGCCCAUUAUUGAUUAUUAUCCUACAGACUUCAAAACAGACCUCAAUGGAAAACAGCAAGAAUGGGAGGCCAUAGUGCUCAUUCCCUUCAUUGAUGAGAGGUGUUUGUUAGCAGCCAUGGAGAGCUGCAAUUAUAAGUUGACAAAAGAAGAAAAAGCCAGGAAUCAUCACAGCGAGUGUGCUCUAUAUACAUAUGAGGAUGAAAUCGACUUCACAUACCUCUCAACUGUUCCUCAGCUCUUCCCAAAUAUCAUCCACUGCCACGUCAGGAAAGAAGACAUUCCCAUGGAUGCCUGGCAAGUUCCACUAAACCACAUUGGCAGGAGUGUGGAUCACUCAGCUCUGUAUUUUUGUGGGUUUCCCACACUGCAUCACAUAAAACACAAGUUUACUAUGAAGAAGAGUGGGGUGAUGGUAUUCCAGCAGAGUAGCAGAGGUGAGAAUAUGAUAUUGGAGAUCCUUCCCAGCCAGGAAAAACAACUGCUUUGUGAUGAUGUUGCUCAACAAGUACUGGGGAAGUCGCUGUUUGUCAACUGGCCACAUCUAGAGGAAGCGCGCAUCAUUGCUGUGUCAGAUGGAGACACCAAGUUUGCUGUAGAAGAACCACCAGGGGUCCAAAGAGCCUACCACAGGCCUUCCAGCCCACCCCCCACCGAAGUCACUAUCCUCUCAGACAAGGAGCAGAGGGACUGGGUGAAAGACAUCCAAGGAAUAACAGAACACUACCUGAAGAGGAAAGGCAUCAUUGUGACUGAAACAACUGUGGUUCUAUAUGGACAGCUGCUGACAGGAAGAAAAUAUAUCCCCAAAUCGAACGGUGUGGUUGAGUUGGAGAAACAGUGGGCUAAGCAGGUCCUUCCUUUCGCCUACCAGACUGUGGUCAAGGACAUUGACGCCUUUUAUUCAUCUUUGACCUGCUUUAAGAGCCUAGAAGACCUCUAUCCUCCACUAACCACCGUUUUCAUGGUGGGACACCCUUACUAUGCUGCCAUGGGCGAGGUGCAAGAUUCGAGUGAUGUUAUCAACGAUGGGCGUGUACGUGUGGUUUUCAAUGUGCCACAUGAGCCCCAACUAGAAGUCCUAAUCCAGAACCAGCAUAAGUACAGUGUGAAGUACAGCCCCGGGUACAUUGUGGCAUCUCGUCUAGGUAUCAGCGGCUACCUUGUGUCCCGCUUCUCUGGAAGUAUUUUCAUUGGUAGAGGAUCUAAAAAGAAUCCCUGUGGGGAGCAAAAAGCUAAUGUUGGCCUGAACCUGAAGUUCAACAAGAAGAAUGAGGAGGUUCCUGGAUACACAAAGAGGACUGAGAAGGAAUGGCUUUACUCCGCUGCUGUGGAGGAGCUUUUAGCUGAAUACUUAGAAAAAUUUUCUGAGGUAUUUGACAUGGUCUCCAGAAACGGUCAUGAUGAUGUGUUCUAUGAGGAUGACAUCUGGCCUGGAGAAGACCACAAUGGGGCAGAAAAGGUGGCUGAAAUCAUUGCAUGGUUGAAAAGUCACCCCGUCAGCUCCAUCAGCAGAGCAUCAUGUGACUUGCAAGUGCUGGACGUUGCAAUCGUGGAGAAAAUUGAGGAGGCUGUGGAGAAAGCCAAGGUGAAGAAGAGUACGAAGAAAGUUCGUGUCACCGUCAAGCCACAUCUCCUGUUUAGGCCCUUGGAGCAACAACAGGGUGUGGUCCCAGACCCCGAUGCAGAGUAUCGUCUGUUUGACCGCAUCAUCAAUGUCAGAGAGAGCUUCACUGUCCCAUUGGGUCUCAGAGGCACUAUUAUUGGCAUUAAAGGAGCUGAGCGUGAGGAUGAGGUUCUCUAUGAGGUGCUGUUUGAUGAAGAAUUUGCUGGAGGUCUUAACAUCAGGUACACAUCAACUCGUUGUUACCGCCUGCCGCCAUGUGCUCUAAUUAACCUAUCGCAUGGUGCCCGAAUGGAUCCCGCAUUCCACAAACUCACUGCCAUUGUCAAACCUCAGCCUGCUGCUGCCACUCACUUCAACUCACACCGUCAUCUGGCCAGCCUCAACCACUCACCACGUUCUCCCUUUAUAUCCACACAACAUAACAACAAACACAGUGGGGUAAAGCCAGCCUACCAAGGCAGCAAAAACUCUGCGUCUAAGGCUCACAUCCAGAAACAACAGGCCAAGAGUAAAGAGGCCUAUGCGAAUGUGUGGCAGUCUCUGCAAGACUCUGCCCCUCCCCAUAAACCUCCUGCUCACUGGCAAAAUAAUGCCUCUGUUGGUGUCAUUAGGUUGUUGAAGAAAAAUGAAGAUGCCCUUUCCCUUAUACCUCAACAGAACACAGUCAACAAGACAUCAACUGAGUUUGAGGACCUGAUAGCCAGCCUUAAGAUCUCCAAGGACAGCCAACAGACUCCUGCAAAUCUUCCUCCACCCUCUUCACAAACGCCCACCACCCAAUCAGAUGUGCCUUUGUCACCACAGUCCUUUGCCAUGAAGGGCACCAUGGUGUUGAAGGAGAUGCUGAAGAUUGAAGGCACUGGAACAGGAAACUCUUCCCCUCAGGAAACUGCCAACGACCAAAAGCUAAACAAGAAGAGAAAAUCUAAAAAAUUAGCGGCACUCAUGAAUGUUCCCCAUGGAGAUGCAGUAGAAUCAUCAUCUCCUGUGCCUGUUCACCAGUCCAACACUUUAAUGGCCAGUAAAGUGUCAGAGCUGGCAUGCGUAUGUGUCACUUUAGGCAUGGCACCACCAGAGUUCAGCUGUAUUCACAACAGACAGGGUGUUGCGUUAUGUCAGGUUAAGCUGUCCAAUGGUUUGACUGUUCAUGGGCCUCAGUGUCAGUCAGAAAACGACGCAAAGGAGAAAGCUGCCUUCUUUGCCUUACAAAGACUGAAUUCACUGGGGUCAGGCUUCCCUCUUCAACCCUCUCUGUUCCAUGGAAUGGGACCUAUGCAGCCUCCGGCCAUCAAACCCAUGCCUCCAGUCUUCAACCAGUCAGGCGGCUUGCUGAUUCCUCCACGGGGUUGUGCUCCUGCCCCUAUCUGGGGAAUGCCUCUGCCUCCCCACUACCACCAGAACCCGCCAUUCUAUGGCGCAGCAGGAACGUUCCCCGGUGCUGCGCGGCCGCAACCGGUCACAACUUUGCCGAUGGGCUCGCAUAACCAGUUCAUCCCAUUACAGGUGACUAAGAAGCGAGUGUCAGCCAACAAGCACCACCAAAAUACCAAAGAAUUUUACUCCACCACCCGAACUGUGGCCAGGAAUCAAGCCCAGAGAGCCCAGGACAGACCUUGCCAAUCACAAACUCAGAGUCAAACCGUCAGAAAAGAGCCCUAUCCAGCAGCUGCGGCCGACGCGGUUCCCUUGACGACGACGCCCCCUCGACAAAAUAGGCCGGCCACGGGCCACACCCCUGGCUCCGCCUCGAAAAGGAAGCACAGGAAGUUGGCUGUUAACUUCGAAGCAGCUCAACCCUCAGACAAAUGAGCGAGUGCGCCGACCUCUGCUGCAUAUUGCAGUUCCUCUGUUCACCGAUUGAUCUACCAAUCGCACCCUUGUGAAAUCAAGACUCCGAUUUUAGCAACAAAACAGUUCCUUUGGAUUUUUCCCGACAAAUCUUUAUGGAGAGGGUGUGAUGACCUUGGACAAGAAGCUCUAUGCGCUUUGCACCAGCGCCUGUCCAACGAAGAUAGAGUACACGCUAUGUGCAUUAAUAGCAACAGCGAGAAAACUGAGCAGUGGCUGGAGACGUUUGUCCUGCGUUGUCCCAUGAGGAGCAAUGGCAGCUUGUCUCUUUGGUUGUUUGGCCGCCCUCAUCAGAUUUUCCGCUCACAAUUAGCGUUUUAGUAUUUAAAGACUGAUUUGAAUACGUAGCACACUGCAUUAAGAAACGUAACUCCACUCCAGCUUGGUGAUAAUUUCCUAUUCAGUCUAUUUGCUUUCGUGGCUGCUUUUUUUUUAAAUAAUUUUAUUGAUUUGGCUGCCACCCUAAAACUAAACAUGUUUGGCAUAAUUGUAAUUAUAUUUACCACCACAAGAUUCCAACCUCACUUACGAUGGUUAAGUGAUGUUUUUUUUUUGUUUUUUUUUCUCUUUUUUACAAUUGGACACUUUUUUAAGAGGCCAAGUGUUUCGAGCAAACCAUCUUCAGAGAUUUACUUUCAGCACAAUGGGGCUAAUGUAAUACAGACGCAACAAAACAUUUUUCAACCCUCCCGUCCUCAUAAGUACAUUUUUUUAGGUGUCUUGAUUUUUAUAAAGUUCUAUAAUUGAAGUGAAAAUGUAAGACUACUAAUGGAUUUCUUUAUGUAAUCUAAUGCAUUUGUGUACUAUGCUGGUGAAAGCGGUUCCUUUUGGCAGCCAGCCUGAAUAUCGCUAAUGUGUUGAUUAUUUCCCCUGCAAUUAAAGAGAAAUAGUAUAGCCAAGUGUUUACGUUACAUUCACAUUGCAGAAAGAUGCUUUUAGAAACAUUCUCCUCGUCUGAGUCUUUGUAAAGGUUUUGUGUUUGAUAAUAGAAAUGUGUGGGAAAAUUUAACAAUUGAAUUAAUCAAUUUCCUUUUUCGGUUUUAUGCAUGGCCUUUUAUAAAAAGUAAAAAAAAAAUAAUAUAUAUAUAUAUAUAUAUAUAUAUAUGUAACUUUAACAAACAGUUACAAGCUGUUUGUGUUGAGGCUGCAGUGAUGUUACAUUUUUCUACCUCGUGUUUGGAAGGGUUACAAAAAUGUUCAUUUGCAGUUUAAAUUUAACACUGCUGUGUUGUAGGACAUUUGUGUUGCAACACCGGCUGCUUUUUGGCACAGGGACGAUACUUGUACUACCAUUUCUUGUACUUCAGAGGGUAUGAAAUUAAGACACUGAUAAUUAAAAAGUAGAGAUGUGAUAUGGGAGUCUACCUUCCAAACUAAAAAGCAUUAUUUUCUUUGAAAUUAAACUUGAUCCCAAAGUCCAAUGUUCAAAGGUCUUAAAAAUGCCACCUUGUUGUCAAAACAGCUGAUGUAAUAGUUUUUGUUGUGUAGAAAUACUACAUUUAGGUAGUUUUGCAUUAAUCUAUGUCUAUUAAGAAAAGGUACAUAAAUGAGAGUACCGCCACUGGGUUUAUGGAGACCAUAGCUGUGCCACAAACUGUGAAUGCUGAGACAGUUGAUGAACUUUUGGAUAGUUUCACCUGGAAAAUCUCAAAUGUCAUGAAUGCUGUGGCUCCUAUUAAGACUAAGACAAUCUUGAGGUGACCUAGAACACAGUAGAGGAGUAAUCGAUUGCUCACUUCAGUCAAGCGAGUUUCCUAAAGCUCUUAAAGUAGCUGCCAUUAAGCCUCUUCUACAAAAUAGAACGCUGGACGCUUCCAUGUUAGCAAGCUAUAGACGUGUCUCAAAUCUCCCUUUCAUAGCCAAGAUUGUUGAGAGAGUUAUUUUUAAUCAACUCAGCAAUUUCUUGAACUUAAAUGGACUUUUUGACAAAUUUCAAUCAGGUUUCCGAACUCAUCACAGUCCGGAAUCUGCGCUUAUCAAAGCGCUAAAUGAUAUAAGGUUGAAUACUGACGCAGGAAAGGUGUCAAUUCUGGUCUUGUUGGACCUCAGUGCGCCUUUUGAUACAGUAGAUCAUAAUAUACUACUGAGCAGGUUGGAAACUAAAUGGAACAGUGCUUAAAUGGUUCAGGUCCUACCAGGAGGAAAGGAGUUAUUUUGUAACCAUUGGAAGAGUUCAAUCUCAUCGAAUGGCAAUGACCUAUGGGGUCCCUCAAGGGUCAGUUCUUGGACCCCUCCUGUAUAUGCUACCCUUGGGUCAAAUUCUUCAGAACUUUAAUUUUGAGUAUCAUAGCUAUGCAGAUGACACACAGUUAUAUGUAGCAGUCUCCAGAUGACUACAGUUCAAUUGAGGUGUGGCACUGUCUAAAACGGAUAAAUAUCUGGAUGACCCAAAAUGUUCUUCAAUUAAACCACAACAAAACUGACAUAAUUGUUUUGGGCAAUAAAGCAAAGAGGAUUGCUGUUAGUAAAUACCUGGAGUGACUCUCUUUAAAAACCAAAGACCAAGUCCAAAACCUUGGUGUUCUGAUAGAUUCCGACCUGACUUUCAACAGUAAUAUCAAAUCAAUUACUAAAACUGCCUUCUACCAUCUGAAGAACAUAUCCAGAGUGAAGGCUUGCAUGUGUCAAGCAGACCAGGAGAAGCUCAUCCAUGUUUUUAUCACAAGUAGACUUGACUAUUGUAAUGGUCUUCUGACUGGACUCCCCGAAAGGAGCAUUAAACAGCUGCAGCUCAUUCAGAGUGCUGCAGCUCGGGUUCUGACCCGAACAAAGAGGUCAGAGCAUAUUACUCCCAUUCUAAAGUCUUUACACUGGUUUCCAGUCAGCUUUAGAAUAGAAGUUAAAAGUUCUGCUAUUGGUCUAUAAAUCACUAAAUGGUUUAGGUCCUGAAUACAUGAAAGAAAUGCUAGUGGAAUAUAAACCCAGUUGGGCUCUGAGCUCCACAGACUCAGGUCAAAUAGUGGAGCACAGAGUCCAAAGCAAACCUGGUGAAGCAGCAUUUAGCUAUUAUGCUGCACACAAAUGGAAUAAAUUGCCAACAGAAGUGAUGUCAGCCCCAAGUGUGCAUGUUUUUAAAUCCAGGUUAAAACAUUUCUUUUUUUUCCCCCUCCCUCCCCCCUCAUGCUUUUUAGAGCACUUUUAAAUAUUUCUUGCACUGUAUGCUGUUUUAAUUGUACUUUUGUUUGUCCCCCCCUUCUUUGUGUUAAAUGUUUAUGAUGUUUUGUUUCUCUGUUUUUAAUGCUUUUAAUCAUGUAAAGCGCAUGGAGUUACCUUGUGUAUGAUGUGCUAUAUAAAUAAAUUUGCUUUGCUUUAAUCAA